AUGUCACCUUCCUGUAGAGUUGGAGACAAGGCUUAUUGGGCAGUGAAGAGUUGCAACAUGGACUUCGAAAAAGUUGGUGAGCAAAGAAAAUUGCAGUUGCAAGAGUUGGAGGAGAUACGACUUGAAGCCUAUGAGAACUCAAGAAUUUACAAGGACAAGACCAAGGCAAUUCAUGACAAGAUGAUUGUUAGAAAGCACUUUGUGGUUGGAAGGAAAAUCUUACUUUAUAAUUUAAGACUUAAAUUAAUGCCUAGUAAGUUAUGUUCUCGUUGGAUUGGACCCUUUGAAGUUACUAAUGUUUUUCCUUAUGGUGCAGUUGAAGUGCGAAGUCUAGGAACUAAUAAGGUGUUCAAGGUCAAUCGGCAUAGGCUUAAGCCAUUUUAUGAAGGCUUUCAGGAACAUACGACAGAAGAAGUGCGACUGGGUGUUCCCGUUUAUGCAGAUUAA